AUGACCACAUGGAAAGAGAUGCACUUCCUGCAUAAGGAUAAAAAUAUUUCAUGGCCUGGAUUUUCUCCAAGACCCUACCAUAAGCUAGCCUUUGAAAAACCACCAUGUACAGAUGCAAAAAUCAUGGUUAGUCAGAAAAUGCGCUGUCCAGCAGAAGAGAGCGCCCGCUGGCAUAUCUGGGGAUACCACACAUGGCUAGAUGUUGGAAGACUGCCACCAAUCUAUCGUCCAAGACCUGACAAGCCUUUUGACAGCAACACCUGGCGAUGGAUCACAGCUCCCAGGGCAGGCGCCAUGGCCGAGCCCCCGGUCCCCCCUCCAUCACACUUGGAUGGAAAUACCUACAUUAGGUUCAUCGAAGGGGAAGCCUUGUUUGUGAGUCAGAGGCACAAAGAAAGAGUUCUGACCCGAACAAAGAAAGAAAUGAAGCAGUGUGAACAACUCAAACUGAGGAGUGAAUGCCGAGCCCCUCCUCUAGAUACUGAGGGAAAUAUUAUGCCUCCCAAAGAAUUCAAGCGAUACAAGCGCGCACUUUCAAGGAAAAGCCCGGCCUCCUGUGUCCAACCGGAGGCAGUGAUGCCUCCUUCUAGAGACUUCUGGGAUCAUCCGUGUCCAAGUCUGGAGCCUCAUUACCAGGAAGCAGCUGUCAAGUUUGCCCUGAAGAAUAGCAGUCUGAUUUACCAGGAGGUGGUGGAGAAGUAUCAGCAACUGUUCCUUUCUGGCAGCAAAAUCCGGCCCUGUACGCCCACCAGCUAAAUACGUACAAGAGGACAAAACUGAAAUUCAUGGCUUCAAUAGAGAGUUCCAACAUUACCUUUUACAUAUUCAAAAUGAAGAUCACACUUAUCACUGCAGGAUAAUCGACAAUUCCUGGACUUUUGCAGCAGCUACACAAACAGCCAUCCUUGCUCACUUCCCAGCACCUCCAGACUUGGGGCCAUUGAAUAGGAAGGCCAUGUUGUAGCCAUCCAUCCCAAAGGGAGGGGCUCAGCAAAGGCACCACAUUUAAGAAGAAACUGUUUUAAAAUGUCUACUUUUCACCCAGGACUUUGGACUAUGAGCGGCUUUGCUGACUGCAGCUGGGAGUGGAAAGGGUUAAGGGAGAGAUCUCUGAACUAUUUACAUGUCCUUCACAAUCCACCUGGUGUCAGCUAAUUCAUAAAAGACAUUUGCAUAAUAGGUAGUUUGUCCCCA